AUGAGAUCGGUUCAGGAGCGGAACAAAAUAACGGAUGACUCCUCAACUAAUAGGAUCUGUUCGAGAGAGGAAGAGUUACUGCACGUAACGACGAUGGAUGUUCCAUCCACGUCAAAAGCAGCACAAACGGCUGAGAUUUCAAGUAGCCAAAAUGAAGAUAUGCAGAAGAUGGUGCAAGGACUAAAGGAUUUGAUGUCGUCACGACGCCCGCCUGCUAGUCGUGACAUCCUGAGGAUAAAGAUGGAGUAUUGCGGAGAGAAGCGCUGCAUUGAAAUGGAUCGACCCGUAUCUAUGAAAGGGCUGCAGGACCACCUACAAAAGAGAUAUGGUAAGACGAUAAACAUGUACUAUCAGCAAGAGCCAGAUGCUGCUGAUGCAUAUCCAGAUCAAUCGGGAACCUACACUGGAAACAUUGUUGAGGUUCCAUAUUCCACCAACUGCUCGUCAUGUGGUGCAAGUCGUGUGUCAUUUGCGAGAAGUACCGGUGAGUCAUCAUGCUCUAGUGGUGUGCAGUGGGAUAUCGACGACAGGAAACUCAGCGCCCAGUCACCGCGUGCACCAACACACUGGAAAGAGGCCAAAUGUAUCGGCAGCGGUGCCUUCGGAAGCGUUUAUCUCGCCUAUGACGUCGACACUGGAAGGGACCUCGCUGUGAAAAAGAUCCCUAUAAUUCCUGACAACAGAGAACUUAGACGAGAAGCCCAAGGUCUCGAAUUCGAUGUUCAAGAAUUAGGAAGACUUCAACACCCAAGAAUAGUACAAUAUCUAGGAGUGCAAAAAACAAGCGAUCGAAUUCUUAUAUUCAUGGAAUACAUGACUGGAGGUUCGCUUAAGGAUCACAUUGCUCUGGUAGGAAGUCUGUCAGAUCCCGUAGCGAGAAAACACACUGCACAGGUGCUGGAGGGGCUUGCUUUCCUUCAUAAGAACCAUAUUAUCCACCGGGACAUCAAAUCCGCCAACAUCCUCCGGGAUUCAUUGGGAAAUGUAAAAAUCGCUGACUUCGGUUCCGGGAAAAAGAUGCAAAGUCUGGCCAGUCAACAAGGGGCUUUCCACAGCACUAUUCACUAUACAGCUCCAGAGGUUUUACUUGGAAAAACUGCAUAUGGAAGGAAAGCGGACGUUUGGAGUGUUGGGGUGACUUUGGUGGAAAUGCUUACGGGUAAAGUGCCAUGGAAGGAGUUUGAUCCAAUGGCCGCAAUGUUUCAGAUAGCCUACGAGGAGCCUAAAAUCGAUUUACCAGCAACAGUAGAGCCAGUUACAGCCGACCUUUGUCGGGUACUUAUGAACAAAAAUUUCGAUGAAAGACCGAUGGCGGCAGAGGUUCUGUUGAAUCAUCCUGCUUUUAAGACAGUGACCAAAGGAAGUACCACUUAG